CCCGUGUCAUGUGGGCCGGGCCCUUCCUCGGAGCCGGGGCCGCUGCCGAGCGCCUCCCGGGCCGCCAUGAGGCUCUGAGGGGCGGCUGCGUGCGGAGGAGCCGGCCGGUCGCGCUGCCGAGCGUCCCGAGCCUGCUGCCGCUCUCGCCCCCGGGCAGGGGAGCUCAGCGCUGCAGCCGCUGCUGCUGCUGCCGCCGCCGCGGGUCCGGCCGGGCGGGAGGGCGGCCCGGGGCCAUGUAAAGCGGCAGCGGCCGGGGGAAGGCGAGCCGAGCUCGGGGAGAGGAGCCGGCGGCCGGGGAGGCCCCGCGGGGGAGAUCAUGGCGACGUCGAAUCUCUUAAAGAAUAAAGGUUCACUUCAGUUUGAAGACAAAUGGGAUUUCAUGCGCCCUAUCGUUCUGAAACUUCUUCGUCAGGAGUCUGUCACAAAACAGCAAUGGUUUGAUCUGUUCUCAGAUGUACAUGCAGUUUGCUUGUGGGAUGAUAAAGGUCCAGCAAAAAUCCAUCAGGCUCUGAAGGAAGACAUCCUUGAUUUUAUUAAACAGGCACAAGCAAGAGUGCUCAGUCAUCAAGAUGAUACAGCUUUGCUGAAAGCAUAUAUAGUGGAGUGGCGCAAGUUCUUCACGCAGUGUGAUAUUUUGCCCAAGCCAUUUUGUCAGUUAGAGAUUACUUUAAUGGGCAAGCAGGGCAGCAACAAGAAGUCUAAUGUAGAAGACAGUAUUGUUCGAAAGCUCAUGCUAGAUACAUGGAAUGAAUCCAUAUUUUCAAAUAUAAAAAAUAGACUUCAGGACAGUGCAAUGAAGCUAGUUCAUGCUGAAAGACUAGGAGAAGCUUUCGACUCUCAGCUCGUUAUUGGAGUUCGAGAAUCAUAUGUUAACCUUUGUUCUAAUCCUGAAGAUAAACUUCAGAUAUAUCGGGAUAACUUUGAAAAGGCAUAUUUGGAUUCAACAGAGAGAUUUUAUAGAACACAGGCUCCUUCUUAUUUACAACAAAAUGGUGUACAGAAUUACAUGAAAUAUGCAGAUGCUAAACUAAAAGAAGAAGAGAAAAGAGCUCUACGGUAUUUAGAAACAAGGCGUGAAUGUAACUCUGUAGAAGCACUCAUGGAGUGCUGCGUCAAUGCCCUGGUGACAUCUUUUAAAGAGACUAUUUUAGCAGAAUGCCAAGGCAUGAUCAAACGAAAUGAAACAGAAAUUUUCCUACAACUUAUUUUCCUCAUGCUGACCAACGCCGAGUUGCAUUUAAUGUUUUCACUGAUGGAUAAAGUUCCAAAUGGCAUAGAGCCUAUGCUAAAGGACUUGGAAGAACAUAUUGUUAGUGCUGGACUUGCAGAUAUGGUAGCAGCUGCUGAAACUAUUACUACUGAUUCUGAGAAAUAUGUAGAGCAAUUGCUUACACUAUUUAAUCGAUUUAGUAAAUUGGUUAAAGAAGCUUUUCAAGAUGAUCCAAGAUUUCUUACUGCAAGAGAUAAGGCAUACAAAGCAGUUGUGAAUGAUGCUACCAUAUUUAAACUUGAAUUGCCAUUGAAGCAAAAGGGUGUUGGAUUGAAAACACAGCCUGAAUCCAAAUGCCCUGAACUUCUUGCUAAUUACUGUGACAUGUUGCUAAGAAAAACGCCACUAAGCAAAAAACUAACCUCUGAAGAAAUUGAAGCAAAGCUUAAAGAAGUGCUUUUGGUACUUAAAUAUGUACAGAAUAAAGAUGUUUUCAUGCGAUAUCACAAAGCUCACUUAACGAGACGCCUCAUAUUAGAUAUAUCAGCUGACAGUGAAAUCGAGGAGAAUAUGGUGGAAUGGCUCAGAGAAGUAGGAAUGCCAGCAGACUAUGUAAACAAGCUGGCUAGAAUGUUUCAGGAUAUCAAAGUGUCUGAAGACUUGAACCAGGCCUUCAAAGAAAUGCACAAAAAUAACAAACUUGCUUUACCAGCUGACUCUGUGAAUAUUAAAAUUUUAAAUGCUGGUGCCUGGUCUCGAAGCUCUGAAAAAGUGUUUGUCUCACUGCCCACGGAAUUAGAAGAUCUCAUCCCAGAAGUUGAAGAAUUUUAUAAAAAGAAUCACAGUGGUAGAAAACUUCACUGGCACCACCUCAUGUCUAAUGGAAUUAUAACAUUUAAGAAUGAGGUUGGCCAGUAUGACUUGGAGGUAACAACAUUUCAGCUAGCUGUGCUGUUUGCAUGGAACCAAAGACCCAGAGAGAAGAUCAGCUUUGAAAAUCUAAAACUGGCAACUGAACUCCCUGAUGCAGAACUUAGGAGGACUUUAUGGUCUCUUGUAGCAUUUCCAAAGCUGAAACGUCAGGUUUUAUUGUAUGAACCUCAAGUCAAUUCACCCAAAGACUUUACAGAAGGAACCCUCUUCUCGGUGAACCAGGAGUUCAGUUUAAUAAAAAAUGCUAAAGUUCAGAAAAGGGGCAAGAUAAAUUUGAUUGGUCGAUUGCAACUUACUACAGAGAGAAUGCGGGAAGAGGAAAAUGAAGGAAUAGUCCAGCUGAGAAUAUUACGAACCCAGGAGGCUAUCAUCCAAAUAAUGAAAAUGCGGAAGAAAAUUACUAAUGCCCAGCUUCAGACUGAACUGGUAGAAAUAUUAAAAAACAUGUUCUUGCCACAAAAGAAAAUGAUAAAAGAGCAAAUUGAAUGGCUUAUUGAGCACAAAUAUAUCAGAAGAGAUGAGUCAGAUAUCAACACCUUCAUCUAUAUGGCAUAAUUUGAGGACUCUGCAGGAUGCUGAGAACACAAGUGGAAGGGUGCUUGGACAGACAGCUGCAACAGUUUGUGCUGCAGAAGGACUUGUUCUGACUUUCGUUACGUAUUCAAAUCCCUGCCUUACCUUACAGAGGACUAUAUUUUGCCAAUCUCAUUCAGCUAGCAUGAUGGCAUUCCCUUCAUGUUGCACACUUUUAACAGCAUGCUGUUUUGUGGGAAACUUGCAUUCAUGAAGAGCCCAAUGUGAACUUUUUAAAGUAGAUUUGAUUUACACCCACCAGGAAGAACACAGGUUUGGGUUUUUAGAUGACCAGUACUUGCACAAGGAAAAAAUAUUCAAAUAUUCAUGCACUGAGGAACUGCUAUUAGUUUUGUUUUGGGUUUGGGUUUUUUGGUUGGGUUUUUUGUGGUUUGGUUUUUUUUUCUGUUUUGUUUUGUUGGGUUUUUUUUGUUGUUUUUUUUUAAAUGCAAUUAGGACUAGAAGUAGCACUUUCACUUUUGUGUUUUGGAUCAACAGAUUAAUGUACUGUCCACUUCUGAUCCUUUUUAUGUAAUAACAUUUGAGACACAAACACAGCAUCACAACUGAGACGUAUUUGUUACAGUUAAAACCUGUUGGCUAGAGCAGUGCUUCAAUCUAGUAACUGGAUUUUAAUAAUUGACACAGAAGUGACAUAAAAGUAAUUCCAAGUCAUGGGUGAUAUUUUUCCUUAAGCAAGAGAUCAUUGUUUUUAAAUUGUUUGCUGUAAACAAGUGGAUAUACAUAAUUUGUUAUCUUAUUUGGAUAGUUGAUUUGCUAAAAUCCUUUUUGAGAAGGUGAAGCUUUCUUGAAUGAUAUUUCACUCUAAAAGUGAUUUUCACGGGUGGGUCUCUUACAUUGAACAGAAAUAUUAAGUGUAUUUCCUUGUACAUUUAAUAUUUGUAUUCCAAAUAUUUAAGUAUGACUACAUAUAUCUGAAUGCAUUAAAGAGUAAUUGUUGCACAACUCCCCCAGAAAGAAAAUACCACUUGAAGAUCCCUGUACUAAUUCCUUAUUGAUAACGUUAUAUGUACGCGCAAGGUUCGUUUGUUGCUUAGAAGUCAACAUCUUUAUAUGAGAAUCAAACCCUCUGCUUUUUAUCUUGAAACUGGCAGGGUAGGAAAUACAAUUCUAAUGAAAAUGGUAAAAACCUAAGGAAAAAAUACCUUGUUUAGUGUAUGUGGAGAGAGUGCCAAAUACACAUCAGGAAUUUCAACUUUUUAAGGUUACCUCUUCUAUUUUCAAUCACCUUAAGUACUUGUCGUUUGGCACUGCCUGAGUCUCUGCUACUCUGAAAUGUCCCAGCAUAUACUGGACUGAUAACAGGAAUCGCUGGAGCAGAGUGCCUGGCUUUGGACAAAAGGUAAGUUGUGCUUUACUCAGUUCUGUAUGAAUAUUCUUCUGUAAAUUGCAAGUGUGUGAUUGAUUUUUUUUCAAUUAACCAGUUCAAGUACAAGAUGUAAAAAAGGUCUCAUCUUGGAUGAUUGAAAGGGGAAGAGGAUACAAUUAACUUUAGUUGAAAAGGAAAACCUUUCAGUAAGUAGGAGCAGGAGUUUUGCUUUCAUAUGGUUGCAGUAAAGUAUAGAGUGCUUUAAAAGCAAACUCUACAAGAAUGGCUGUUUGCACCCUCCAACAGGCUGCAUGCUCUGUUACUCAUGGAAAUGCCAACGUGACUGCCUGAGAACAGUGUGUACUUGGACAUCUAUUUGAGUAAGAAGUUUGGUAGUGAGGUUUUAAUGAACAGGAGAUAGUGAGAAAUUGAGACCUGGCCAAUUACUGCUGAUUGAGACCCCACAGCUUAUGUCACAUGCUUUUAUUGAUACUCAAAAGCAGAUGCUGUUUAAAAUAUUGCAUCUUUUAUCUUGGCCCUGUGGUGUUGCAAUACAGAAUCAAAAGCAAGUGGUGCUUUGUGUAGUUAACCAGUAAAACUCUUUGAACCUUAGAAAACAGAAUUCUAAUAAAAAAACCUUUGUGCUGCAAGACUUUCAGUUUUUGUAACUUCAGAGGCGGAAAUGCUCACUUGGGAUAAUUGGGGAAAACAUGAGGGUCUGAGCAUGCUCUUUUCAAAUGUAAACAAUUCCAGCCCUUAACCAGAGAAGAACAGGUGUGAAGUUGUCAUGCAGAAAGAGCAGCAAAGGGGUAAUACUGAUUUUGAUGCUAUUGAUUUAGAUUUGAGAGAGAAGUUUAAGGGACUGCAUCUCAGAUACAACUGUUAAGGAAGCUGAAGCGUAUGUAGAAAGCAACAAGUUGCUAACAGCUAAGGAGCUACAUAUUCCCUCAACUAAUAAAUAUAAAAUAAUACAACCUAAAUAUAUUUCCCAACACUUGGGAUGCAGAAAUAUAAUUGGUAAUGUGCCUAUGACAUGGUAAUUUUUCUUUUAAUAUAUACUGGAAAAGGAUGUCGGGUUUUUUAUUAAAUGAAACUCACACCAGCAAAUUUGUUAAAGAUGCAGAAUCACACUUCGCAUCCUUCAUCAGGUCACUUUCACCAAUAUGCACUUAAAAGAAGUAUCACCUGGGGUGCAGGGAGAUACCUGAGGUAAACUGUUGUUUUGGGGAGGGUAGAGUUCAGAUCUAAAUGAAAAUGAACUAUUAUUCAUUUGCAAUAUGGCAACAACGCACUUUUAAGGCUGCAGUUUUUAGCUAUGAAUAUUUAUGUCCAAAGACCUAGCUUAAAGAGGUGCUGCAUCUGAAAAACAUGUUGCCACACACACUGCCACGGUGAAUAGCUAUGGAAUGAAAUCUGGUGUAGAAGUGGGGGGGCGGGGGGUGGAAAUCACACUUGAUGGGUUUAAUUAAGAGAUACUGUUAAAUCUUUUGCUAUCCCAACAAUUUGAUGAGGAUCCCAGUUUCAAUUCUGAAGUCUUCCAUUUUCCUCUUUCCACAGUUGGUGUCCUUAGCUUCUAUUUUUACUCAUCUAUCUUUCGUUUGUUAUGACUGUAAUGCAAUUACAUUUCAAAAAGACAAUGUGAUUUUCUUGCUUCCACCUUUUUAGACUGAAUACAGAUGUUCUGAAUGUUCACAUGUUGCAUUUAUUUGCAUUGGGAUGCCAUUGUCCUGUAAAGUGCAAAUUUUAAAAAUACAAUUGGGAAAAAGAUUUGAUAGUUUUACAGAAAGAUUUGCUAUCUUAAACUCAAACUGUUUUCUAUUUUCAUCCAAAUGACUAGGAUGCUAUCUUUGUAAUUCUUUGAGGUCAUAUUUGUGAAAUAAACAAACAUGAAAGCUUUCCUGUCAUACACACUAUAUGUAGUCUGGAGUGUUGAGCAAACUUGAGUCCCUGAAUUGUAGUAUCUAUCUACGUAUGGUAUUUACAAUUUUGAAUGUGUGCCACUACCAAGGUAAUAAUGCUGUACAAUUUUGAAUGGUGGUAGUUUCUGUAUGGCAGUCCAGCUGAACUAUUUUGAUGUACUGCUUAAUUUUUUAAUUUUAUUUUUUAAGUUGUAUAAUUUAUUUUCUUGCAAAAUAAAAAUGUAAUAUAAAAGACUGCUCAUUCAGCAAGGUA